CUCGGCGGGACAGGAUGGCGGAGGAAAGCGGCGUCUGCAGCUUUGUGUUCAAGAAGCGGGUCCGGGCCGCGGGCAGCGGCCGGCGAAAACGGCCCGGCAGCGACCAGGAGCGGGAGAGCAGCGGGGAGGAGGGCAGCACCGUGGUGCGCAAGGAGCGGCGGCGGGACACCCCCAACCCCAUGAUCCAGAAGACCAGGCGCUGCACGAGGGAGAGGCCGGACUACGCGCCGAGCAGCAGCGAGGAUGAGGAUCCUGCCAAGGAGAUCGGGGUGACCUACAAAUCCACCAGGUCGGCGAAACCUGUUGGCCCAGAAGACAUGGGAGCCACAGCAGUGUAUGAACUGGACACAGAGAAGGAGAAGGAUGCCCAGGCCAUCUUUGAGCGCAGCCAGAAGAUCCAGGAGGAGCUGAGAGGAAAGGAAGAUGAUAAAAUUUACCGUGGCAUUAACAACUACCAGAAGUAUGUGAAGCCCAAGGACACAUCGAUGGGAAAUGCCUCCUCAGGAAUGGUGAGGAAAGGCCCCAUCCGUGCUCCGGAGCACCUGCGGGCCACGGUGCGCUGGGACUACCAGCCCGACAUCUGCAAGGACUACAAAGAGACCGGCUUCUGCGGCUUCGGGGACAGCUGCAAGUUCCUGCACGACCGCUCGGACUACAAGCACGGCUGGCAGAUCGAACGGGAGCUGGACGAGGGCCGCUACGGCGUCAACGAUGACGAGAACUACGAGGUGAGCAGUGAUGAGGAGGACAUGCCUUUCAAAUGCUUCAUCUGCAGAGGUUCCUUCAAGAACCCCGUGGUCACCAAGUGUCGGCACUACUUCUGUGAGAGCUGUGCCCUGCAGCACUACCGCAAAUCCCAGCGCUGCUACGUCUGCGACAAGCAAACCAACGGGGUCUUCAACCCUGCCAAAGAGCUCAUGGCAAAACUGGAAAAACACAAAGGGGAGGAAGAAGAGGAGCAACAGUCAGACCAAGAAGGGGAUCCACAGUAGCAGAAUACAUUUUGUACAUAACUUAAUAAAGCCCUGUUUAUAA